UUUCACUUAUACGAAUAAACGUUAAAUACGUCCUAAUGACAUAAGUCACAAACUUUUAUAUCAUAAUAAUUAAUAUGUGUUUUAUUUAAUUUUAAACCACAAAUUAUUUCUUAUAUGUAUUCUGAUAGCUUCAAAUCAGUUUAUAUCAUAUAAAGAAAAUAUUUCUCAUAAUUUAUCAUGUCCUGCAAUUCGUGUUCAAAGUCGUUUUCUCUUCUUCGACAAGAAAAAGGUUGUCCCGGUUGUGGAUUUAGUUAUUGUUCCAAAUGCUUGAACAAUAAAAUAUUCCUAGAAAAAAUAAAUUCUGAAGCAAAGGUUUGCAACAAAUGUAAAAAUAAGAAAAAUUCUAAUGAAUCCAAUAAGAUCGUUCCCCCAGAUGCAUACUAUAAGAGAAUAAGUGCGUUAGAUGAAGCAACAUCCAGCGGUGAACCCAAAAAUCAUAUUGAACAAGAAAUACAAGAUAGGUUACGGAAAUUAAAAGAUCAUAUAGAUGUCCAGAAACCCAGUAGUAAUGCAGAAAUAAUUGAGCGCUUGCAAAAACUAAAAGGAAAUAUACCAGUUACAUCAGAUUCAGAAUUGCAAGCUAGGUUGGCCAAUAUUAAAGGAGUACCAUUGAGUGCAGUUCAGAGUAAGCCUGCAUUACCAGUACAAGAUACCAGAACAGAACAAGAACAGGCCGAUGAUCUUCUUAAGCGAUAUAUGGAAGAAACAAAAAUGGAUAAGAAUUACAAAGACGAGUUUGAUCAUUUGGUUAGUGAUAUAGAAAGCAGAUUGCAGAAUCUAAAGCCUGCAUCUAAAGAAAAUGUGCCUCAACAAUCUUCCAAAAGUAUUGAUGACUCGGAGGACGAAGAGGAGACGGUUAAAAAGAUCUUGGAAAAGGUAAAAGCUGAAACUGCUCUUGAAGGAAAUGAAAUCUCGGAACCAGUGCUCGAUGAACUUCCAUUCUGUGAAAUAUGCAAUGAGGAUGCGACUAUGCGCUGUUUGGGUUGCAAGUAUCUUUUCUGUAAACGAUGUUACCUAGAGCACAGAGAUGAUGAGGAUUGUAACAAAUAUGAAACUUACACACCCAAAAAACAGCACUUACUAAAAUUUAUAUAAUCAAGCAAAUUAUUUAUAUGUUUAUCAAAUAAAAUAUAUUUUAUUCUUG